AUGCCCAUCAACUUGUAUUCUGACGAUACAUCUGGUAAUAUCUCCAAGCAAUUUAACAAGCAUGCAUCCUUCUAUUUCACACUUUCUGGACUUCCCCCAAAUGUGGCCAACCAGGAAUUCAAUUGUCACUUUGUGACAACAUCAAAUCAGGCAGGUGUUUUGGAGUUGGCAGAUAAAUUAACAGAUGAGAUUAAUGACUUGGCUACAUUUGGACAUGUGGCUUAUGAUCAUGAGCUUUGUGAGGAAGUCCUCAUCAUGAGUGUGGUCUUAUGCUUCCAGGCGGAUUUGCCUAUGCAUGCAGAGAUCACUUGCACUCACAUGCCAAACGCUUCCUUGAAUCCAUGCCGCAUGUGCAAGUUGAAAGCCCAAACUAUUGAAGAUAGAAAAAGCAUCAGUUAUAUCCAGAAUUUUAUAAGGCGUAAUACUCAAGGACACCGGAAAGCUGAUAUCAUGCUUCAUUUACGACCAAAGUGCAGACCAUCACCAAGACUUUGGAGAGAUACCAAAAUGAAAGCCAAAUAUUUAUGGAAACUUUCCAAAACUGAGCCAAAGACUCUGGUAGACAACAUGAUCACUGAUCUGGGGGUCAAGGAUAACAUAAACAAAUAUGCUAUGGAUACUAUGAGGGAAGGACAAGAUCAAAUAUUGAUUGGAAAAAUCAAAAGAUUAGAUACUGAAGAUGAUAGAGAUCAGCUUUUCAGUCCUAUCAUGAGGCUCAAAGGAUUUGAUGGCUGCUUAGAUACUCCUGUGGAGAUUCUGCAUGUAUUCCUCCUUGGGGUUGUGAAGUACCUAACUGGUGAUUUCAUGAAAGGACUGAAAGCUUGUCAUCUUGAAAGAUUAAUGGCAUCCUGGGAGUCUUUCAACAAAAACUCACUCAACAUUGAAACCAUAAACUCCUUAAACAUGGCCAAACACCAUGGUAGUUUCCUUGGGAAACAUUUCCGGAUAGUUUUGCAAGCAGCCCCCUUUGUAUUCUAUCAAUUUAUGACAGAAGAGCAAAGGCACCUGUGGAUUUCUAUGUGUCAGCUUUCCACUUACAUUUUCCAAACCCGGAUUAAUGACAUGGAUAAGUAUUUGACCGAGCUCAAUAAAAGUAUUGACAAUUUCAUGUGGCAUAUUACCAAAACAACGUGUCAAUGGGUGAACAAGCCAAAGCUUCAUAUGCUUCUUCACUUGCCAGAAUGCAUCCAACGAUUUGGUCCAGCCACCCUCUAUGCCACGGAAAAAUUCAAAAGUUUCAAUGGUGUUUUGAGGAAUGCAUCCAUACACUCCAACCGUCACAGUCCAGGACAAGACAUAGCCACAAAAUUUGUCAAUGAUGCAUGUUUACGAUCAAUUCUUUCAGGGGGCCUCCACUGGAACCACAGGACUCAUGGGCGGUUUCGUGCUGAUCCACAGGUUACUGCUAUAUUCCAGAAUAAUCCAGCAAUACAAAACUCCCUUGGAUACAACCAUCUACUUGUGACACCCCAGCAACAACAAACUUGUGUUAUAACUACCCCACUCCCCAAAGAACAAAAGGAAGGGGUUCCAGACUUUUUGCAAAGAAUAUUUUUCCACCAGUUGAAACUAUUCCAACAUGAUGUUUUGAAGAAAGACUAUUUUGUUUUGGUAAAGAAAAAUACAACUGUAGGAUCCACCAAAGAUAUUGAAUGUGUUGAGUCCAUAUGGUCUGCAAGUUUGAAAAGCCAAACCCAAUAUUUCAUCAAGGCCAGAAGAUUUUCCCAAGGGCCCAUCCAUCCAUUUUAUCACAUGAAAGAGUUGUAUGCAACAAACCACAUUGAUUAUUUUGAAGCAUCUGAUAUUUGUGCAUGCCUGAAUGUUCAACACAAUUGUCAAUCUGGGAGAUGCCAAGUUGCAAGGGGCUCCAGGAACAAAGGGCCCAAUUAUGAAGGAAAUCAAACUACAUUGAAGAUUCGUCAUAAUGAUAAAAAGAGUUUCAUAUUGAAUUCAGCCUCAUUGCGGGAUCCUGUCACUCAUCGUGAAUUGGCAGGCAUCAACACCCAGUACCCUCUGAACUGGGCCACUGCAAUUGGAACUGGCCGGUACAGGUGGAAACACCAUCCAGUCACCCAGACCCCCCAGACACGUGCAAGCAGCAUUGCCCCAAGUUUGAUUUAA